AUGGAGGAUUUGGUGUUUGAUAGAAAUAGGCACAACAAUGAGCGUACGACAACAACAGGCUUGCUUGAUUCGGACUAUCCAAGCGGCCCAUCUCUGACGCUAGGAGAAGGAUUGUUAGAGGGGAUUAAUAAAUAUGCUUAUCCUAUACCUCCAGAUACGCCUCUGAGCGCACUGUUGACAGCUAGCAUAACUAUUGUCUAUAAAAAUGACCUCAACCUCCGUCAGAGCUCUAAGCACGCAGCUGGAAUGUCAACUGGCGGGGUCAGGCCCAGAGGGUCGCUCGUUCAGGAAGCAACCACCAAGGAAGGUCCCAGAGGGGCUCUUGAUGGUGUAGACAUGGUCAGGUCCAGAGGAUCACGUGCUAAGUUUGGGGACAGGCCCAGAGGGUUGCCCAAUCUGCGUGACUCCAUGGUAGGUCUCAGAGAGGCUUAUGGCAGGCAUAUCCUUGAGGACGGACCCAGAGGGUCGCUUGAGAAGAACGGGGUAGGCUUCAGAGAGGCUCCUGUUAAAACCAUCGCCGCUGCUUUGACUACGCAAUGA